AUGGAGUCUACGUCGUCCAACGCCCCCCAAACUGCAGGCGCUGCCAAGAGGAGACGUGUCGACGAACCCGAGGACGCUGUACCGCCACCUUAUACGCCCGAGAAAUAUAAGGACAUGUGCUUCGAAGACGCAACUAUCUUGUUGCACUGUCUUCCUAGCUCGAUUGCCUUUCGCGUACAUCGUGGUGUACUCGCCGUUCACUCAGAGGUCUUUCGGGACAUGUUUGCUCUCGCCCAGCCUUCGGAUUCUGGCCCUGAGAACACAUUACCUGUCGUACAUAUGCACGAUGACCCAGAGAAGCUGUAUCGGCUUCUGAAAUAUAUAUACUUACACCAAUUGCCGGACAUGAGCGAUGCGCGAUACAUGGACACCCUUUUGGAUAUGCUCGAGCCGUCCAUCAAGUACGAUGUCAGGAGGGCUCGUGACGAUUGUCUGAGCGCCCUCCGUGCCGAGUUUCCCGACACGCUGUCGAAAUACCAUGAGGCGAUCGAGACACUAUUGCGGCGUCACCUCAGGGGAAUCGCCCAAUGCUUGAGAUGCGUGGAUGUAUUCACGAGACACGAAUGCUGGACGCUCUUGCCAGCAGUCUACGCCAGCUCAGCAAUGUUUCAGAUUCCUCCUGGUACUUUGCACGAGAUUGCGCCAGACUACCCAUCGGCGCGUACAAUGGCUGCCAUCUCCUUGGGAAAGUUCAAGCUACAGCGCUUGAGACUUCAGACCGUGCAUGGUUUCGUCCGUGACGUCGUUCAACAACCGGCUGCUCUCCACUGCGGUCACAAACUCGCCCGUAUCUUCGUGAAUUACAUGUUUCUGGACAACAACGUCGCUGGUGUCGAUAUCACGGACCCGGCCCUCAUGUUUCAGAAAAAUGUACCUCUGGCAGCCGAUGUUACACCCGAAGCCAACCAACUUUGCGACCAGUGUCGGCAUGUAUGGAGGACGGCAGAGAAAGUUGGGAACGAACGAGCGUGGAUGGAGAUGCCGGCGGUAUUUGGGCUGGGGACAUGGGAGGAACUUCGCGAUAAGGAAGCCAAAGCGCAUCCGGUACAACCUCCUGUGGAUACCCAUGUUGGUGCAGCCCACGCAGACACUUAG